UGGACACCGAAGUCGACAAAUACAUGAGAGCUCACGAAGAGCUGGUCAUCUAUCAGACAAAAGCCCAGAGUUUGCAGCAAAUAGUGACCAGAAUUGAGGCGAAAGACUCAGAGAUAUUGUCGUUGAGAGAGGAGUUGAAGCACUGGCAGACCAGAGCCCACAAUCUCGUGGAACAGCUCAACAAAAUCAGUCCCGAAGGCCUGAAACGUCUCAAUGAGGAGAAGAAGUCACAGCAACAGAUUUUGGCCUUAACUCAAGAAAUAAAUCGCUUGAAGCAAGAGCUCGAAAAUACUUCGAAAGCCCGACGAGAGCUCGAGACGGAGAUCCAAACCAUACGCCGGGACUCGGAGGCGAAGGUGGCGGAGGGCACGAAGAAAGGGACCGAAGAGUUGAAUCGCUUGCGGGCCGAGAGCUCGGGCGCGCAGAACACGAUAAUUCAGUUGCGAAACGUCGCGCGAAAAUACAAACAACAGUUC